UUUAAAAAUAACUGACAUUGGAAUUAAUUAAAUUAAAAGUUAUUAACCUUUUAAAUUUAUUAAUUAUAACUUUUAAUUUUUUUAAAGGUGAUCCAUCUUAUGCAUGGAUUAUUUAUUUGAACUUAUAAUAGCAACAAGUUAUAUUAUCGGACAUGAGACUUAUUUGUUUAUCCUGUCUUUCUUGGGACAAUUGACGGUAAACCAUUCUAACGAAUUAUUUAACGCAAUGUAAGUAGCAAUCUGUAAUUUUUUAAUGUAAUAAAGUUUUUCUACUACUGAACGCCUAAGAUUCUUUUGAUAAAUAAAAUAAAUUUUUUUCUCAUUUUUUUCUUAGCAUAUUUAAUUAUUAAUAAUUUUUUAAAAUUAUAAAUUUCAAAUUAUAUAUAUAAGGUAUUUUAUUUUUUUCUUUAUUGAUUUAAGUAAAAUUUUUCUAGCUACAUGUCACUAUAGUACGAAGCACCAGUAACAAUACAAAAAUUGUUAUUGUUUAUAAUACAAGUCUCCUCAAAAAAUAUUGCACUAAAUCUUUCCGGUUUAUUUGAUGUAACAAUGGAAAGCUUUAUCACAGUUACCAAUUAAUAUUAUUAAGUCAUACGAAAAUUAUAUUGAUAAUAAUAAUUUGAUCUAUAUACGCAUUAUGAAACUUUUUGGAAUUGAUUUUGAUCGAAUUUAUUUUGUUGUUCCUAGACAAUACAACAUAAAUAUAGGCAAAAAAUAAAUAAUUACGAUCAAAAUUGAUUUCAAAGCUUCCAUGAUACGUGCCUAGUAAUUAUAUCAUUAUAACUUACUUUAAGUGUUUAGGGCAUUUUUAAAGAUACACAUAUUUAUUUUUGACCUCAGAUUGAAUAAAACAUCAAAUUAUCUUAUAAUCGACCAAGUUUCAUGAAAAUCAAACCAAUAAUUUACAAAAUCGUAAUUCAUCUAAAAGGUUUAUAAAGGGUUAAUAGUGCUUCCAAUACUUAAAAAAAUAAUUAAUUACUAGCACUUUAAUAUUGCCAGCAUUUUUUUAUAAGAGUCUUUUAUCAAGCUUAUUAGAUUAUUUGUUUUUAGUUCAUGAACAUGUCAAUAUCCUUCAUGAUGGUACUUUACUCCAUACAAUAGUUUCAUGAUCUAGUGCAGAAAAAGUAGCUAUUCGUAGUAAUAUACAUAUAAAAAUGUUUUUAAGAUAGAAUAAAGUAGAAAAACAUUGUAACGGUGUAGAAAGAGAGAAAGCAAGAGAAAAUGAAGAAGAGAGUGUGAGAGAUGGAAAAAAAGAGAGAGGGAGAGAAAGAGAGAGAGAGAAAUUGAACAAGCACAUUUCAAAUCGAAAAUGUGAAAUUCGAGCUCGAGCCGAAUCACAGAAGAGAACACGCUAUUGACUGCGCUACAUGAAACUUGUCAAAACAACACAAAGUGUUCGAAAUUGAAGAACUGAACAAAGUUGAUCGGAAUUAAGAAGAUAUCCGACUCACUUUAAAGACAAUCUAGGCAUCGACGUUCUUUCUAGGUAUGUAAAUCGGCUUUUCAAUCUCUCUCUGGUUUCAUUACUACAUAAAUGACGAAUGUCUCGUAUGUAAUAUAGACAAAAAAUGAGUUGUAUAUUUUAUAUUUACCAAAAUUUGCGAAUAUGUGUCAAUGGGCGAUCUAUAUGUAAACCUGCAUUUUGUCUUGCAAUAAUUAACGAACAUUUGAUGAUAUUUAAAUUAUUGACAAGUUAUCAAUUUAAAAUUAAUUUUAUUUAAAUUCUAUUAUUUAUUGUCACUUAUUCACGCUUGAUAUAAUUCGCAAAUGUGUAUGUAUUAAAAUAUUAUUUAAAAAUGAAAUAGAAGUUUAAGAGAUAAUAAAAUAAAAUAAUAUCCUUUGCUAUUUAUUUUCUUCAAUAAAUAAUGCUUCAAAAAUUCUUCAAAAAAAAAUUAUAUCGUCACAUGUCGAUUUUUAAAAUAAUUGUUAAAAGAUUUUGCACGUAACAAAUUCUGGGAAAUUCUAUUUACGAGUUUAUUGAAUUAAUGAUUUUAAUAUUUUUUUCUUUUUAUUUUGUUUUUACAUCUAAAUAUGGUUUUAUCGAUACUGUGUUAUUACAUAAAUAAUUAAUUUGAUAAAUAAUGUUGAAUUAAUUUAAUUAAUUUUUGUAACAAACAUUAAUCGUAAAAUUACAUGUAUAUAUUGAUGAUUAUAAUGCGCAUUAAAGAAAAUAAAUCCGUUGAAUUUGAUUCAAGUGCUAUUUUAUUCAAGAACGCAAUACUUUUAAUAAACAAUUAUGUUAAGUACUAAAUUUGUUUCUACUUUAUAAAAUUUGUGCCAUUUUACUUUCUAAUAAGUUCUGUGGGAAAAGCACGUUAUUUAUUGCAGUAAUCACUAUAAAUACUGUUUUUUUUUUAUAUUUAGGUUGAAUAGCUGUGUGUGUAUGUAAUUUAUUGUAUAUUUUAAAUUAUUUUAAAAAAUAAAUAAUAAAAAUAUAUUUUAGUUGAUAAAAUAUGCUAAUAUUUUAUUUUUUAAUAAUUUAUUCCACAUAUUAUAAAAAAGAAAAUUUAAUAACUCAACUAGAUAAUUACACAAUUGAUAAAUAUCAAUGCAAAUUUUUCAAACAUAAGUAAAAUUAUUGCUAAACACACAGGAAGACCAAUAAGAGACACAUAGUUGAAAUAAUAUAUCAAUUUUCAUAAAAUUGUGAAAAUAUUACAAUUCAAACAAAUAAAACCAAUUAUUAUGUAAAGGUAAGAUUAAGUUGUUGCUGUAAAAUUUAUUUAGUUACGUGUAUAAUGCACAUUUUUAAUAAUAAUGUAAAUGAUAAAAAUCUUUAUGUUGUGUGUUUUUACAAAUAAUAGCCAAAAGUACUUUUUUACAUGUUUAUAAAGACAAUGCAGCCCUCGACAGAUUUGAUUUAUAUAAAAAGCACGAAACUGAUUUUUGUACGACAUUGAUACAUAUUUAGCUUCAAGAUAAAAUCCAACAAAUAAACUAAUUGCAAAACUUAAAUCUUUGUUAAAGAGAUGAAAAUAAUAGAAAUGAGUAUUGUUGAUAUAUAAUAUACAUAUAACAGACUCAAUUCUUCUAAGCAUUAUUACCAAGACGGCAUAGCGUAAUGAUUCGUAAAUAUCACUCAUGUAACUCUACACAUUCAAUAAAACUGCAUAUUUUACUUUUUCAUAAAUAAAUUAAACUAAAUAAAUGAAUAUCUGGCAGCUAUGUAAAAAAACACUCACAUAACUGUAAUUUGUAGUGUGAUGCACGACGUCUCCGACAACUAUGAAGGUGCUGCGCAAGAAACCCGUAAUCGCGCCUGCGCCAGUGUAACAAAAAAGUGGGCGAUACUAUUUCACCCUUGCUUUGGAAAAAGUACGUCGAACAUAAUAUGCAAUUUCAAUAAUUCAACUUCCUAUCGUUCCCUUCGAUGUGUAGACACGAAUGCGAGCGAUCGAUAGUCAUCCAUAACUUGAUGCAGUACCAUUAACAUCGAUUACAAUAUUUUAUAAAAAUGUUUGGCGGAACUGUAAAACGUUACGAUGCUUAAAUUGCUGCAAUUAUUACUUACUGCUCGACGUACUUAUAUGUUUCAACUAUGAUGCGUCAUGAAAAAGCCAAGAGAAAAAUUGUUUCGUAUAUUAAAUAAAUUAUUAAACGUAGGAAUUAUUAUACUGAGGAAAAAGAAUAUAAAGUACAAUAUAUGCUCUGGAAUAUUUUUUGUAGAGCUGCUUUCCAUUCGUAUCUCGAUCAUUGUAAGAGAAUGUACAUAUUCGAAGAUAAGAAAUUUAAUCGCUGUCAAAAAUUGAACAAAAUACUUUUGAGACUUAUCGGUUUAUGGCCUUGUGGAAGAACCAAGUAUGACCGUUUUCGCGCAAUAUGCUGCUUUACGUUUCUUAUUUCUUGUCUCAUUAUUGAGUUGAAACAGAUGUUUGAAGAAGUUUCUAAUACUCGGCGAAUGUUGACAAAUGUCCAAGAAAUUGAAAUAAUAGAAUAUUACAUUCACCAAGGAGAAAAAAUUACAAUUCUUCUUACAUCGCUGCAAACCAUUACGAUAUUUUCGUUCUUAGCAUUGGAACUGCUACCGGAUGUCUUUGAUUUUUUCAAACCAAUAAACAAAUCACGUUCACAUUAUUUAAUAGACGUGACCGAAUAUCAUAUAAAUGAGGGGAUACAAUAUUAUUUUUUCUUUUUCUGUGCUGUUACUAGUAUAUUAAUUGCUAGUAGUGCAACAAUUCUCGUCAUUUCGAUAAUACUAUCGGUUUGUUUACACUGCUGCGCAUUAUUCAAAAUUUGCAGUUAUCGAAUAAAACAAUUUGUGGACGAAAAAGUAAUAACGUCCUCUAACAAGAGAAUUGUAAUCGUCGAAAGACAAUUGCAGAGAAUAGUGGAACUUCAUCAAAAAACAAAACAGCUUGCUCAAUUAAUGACAUCAAGUUUUACGAUAUCUUAUCUCAGUAUUUUAGUAAUAGGCAUAUGUUCCUUUGCUGUGAGUUUAUACAGUUUGCUGCAAGCAAUUACGAAUGAUACAAUUAAUAUAACUGAAGUUCUGACAGCGAUUGUUUCUUUUAUUGGACAUAAACUUAUUCUCUUCCUUGUAUCUUUUGGAGGACAAUUAUUGAUAAAUCAUGCCGAUGACCUAUUUAUCGCAAUAUACAUGUCACUGUGGUACGAAACACCUGUAACAGUACAGAAAUUAUUAUUGUUUAUAAUGCAAAUUUCCUCAAAAAGUUUAGUAAUAUCUUGUGGAGGUAUAUUUGUUAUUGCAAUGGAAACUUUCGCAUCGAUCACAAGAACGGCAAUAUCCUUUAUGAUGGUAAUUUCCUCCAUAGCAAUUUUAUGAUCUAAUGCAGAAAGAGUAAUUGUUCGUAGUAAUAUACGUAUAAUAUGCGUAUAAAAGACCACUACAUAAUAGAAAUAGUAUUUACAGUAAAAUAAAGUAGAAAAAAAUAAUUUUCGUAAAUAUGAUAAUAUUUUCUGAGUUACUUAUUCUCAAUUUUAUUUCAUUACUAAAUUGAAUUCGAAUCAAAUUAUCUCUAUAGAUUUAUAUACUAAUUUAAGCGUAAAAUAGUUUUAAUAAGGUAACAGAUUUUUUAAUUGAAUAAAAUUGAAUAAAAAAUAUAUUGCAAGAAUUUUAGAAAAUAAUUACAAAAAUGACAUGACAUGUUCAAGUAAAAAUUUA